CCUGGCCCCGCCUGCCUCCGGUUUCCAAUUGACCCUGGCCGCGGAAACUCUGGUGGAAGCGAAGGCCCAGAGGUCCGGCGCAGGUUGGUGAGCGUCUGCGCAGCGCUAGCUUUCGCGAGCUGGUCUGGGGAGAGUAGAGCUGCCAGAUGGUUUUGCCAUAUGAAGCUGAACAUGGCAGAAGAAGAGGACUAUAUGUCUGAUGCCUUCAUUAAUGUUCAAGAAGAUAUCAGACCAGGCUUGCCAAUGCUGAGGCAAAUCCGAGAAGCCCGUCGAAAAGAAGAAAAGCAACAGGAAGCUAAUUUGAAAAAUAAGCAGAAGAGUUUAAAAGAAGAAGAACAAGAGAGACGUGACAUUGGAUUGAAGAAUGCACUAGGCUGUGAAAACAAAGGGUUUGCUUUGCUCCAGAAGAUGGGCUAUAAAAGUGGUCAGGCCCUCGGCAAAAGUGGAGAUGGUAUUGUUGAACCAAUUCCUCUCAAUGUCAAAACAGGAAAAAGUGGCAUUGGUCAUGAGGCAUUACUAAAACGGAAAGCAGAGGAAAAAUUGGAAAGCUAUAGAAGAAAGAUUCACAUGAAAAAACAAGUUGAAGAAAGAGCUGCAGAACAGUUUCGAAUGCGACUUAAAAAUAAGCAAGAUGAAAUGAAGCUAGAAGGAGAUCUUAGAAGAAGCCAGAGAGCCUGUCAACAAUUGGAUACUCAGAAGAAUAUUCAGGUUCCCAGGGAGGCAUGGUACUGGUUGAGGCUUGAAGAGGAAACUGAAGAAGAGGAAGAGGAAGAAGAAGAACAAGAUGAAGAUGACUAUAAGAGUGAAGACUUAAGUGUACUGGAAAAAUUACAAAUAUUGACUAGUUAUUUAAGAGAAGAACAUCUGUAUUGUAUUUGGUGUGGAACAGCCUAUGAAGAUAAAGAAGACCUGUCUUCAAAUUGCCCAGGACCAACUUCUGCAGAUCAUGACUAAGAUUAUUCUCAAUAAAGUAGAAGCUUGGCAAAUGUUAGUGUUUCCUAAAGAUAGACAGUUGAGCAGUUAGAAUUUCCAAAUUUUUGAUACCAGUAAAGAAAGAGGGCCUUUAUAUGUUUCAUUGUUUUUGUACAUUAGAAGUACUUUGUACUUUAGAAUAUAAUUGUUCACUGGCUUCAAAAACAUAAUGGAAAGCCAUUUCAGAACACAAUUAUUAUAGACAUGGGCAAUUACAAUUUAUGACUCUUUUGUGACAUUUAUGGGAUUUAAGGACACCAACUCUCUUAUUCCCUUCUUCACUUUGGAACAAACUGAGAAAUAAGACAUGGGAGUUGGAGAUCAAAAUAUCAGCUUUAUUAUCGAUGAAAUAAAGAGCUAGUUGACUUGUU